ACCCUUACCACCAAAUUUUGAUUCCAACAUUUCUCAUAUGAUCAAUGAACACCUUGAAAUCCAUUCAUGUGUCCACCACACAAACCAAUCAAACACAAACCCCCACAAAUUAUUUUUCCAUGCAAAUAUUAGAUUCAUCAAUCACAAGUCUAAUAAAAUCAUGGAAUAGAAGGCAAAAAUGGUUGUUUAUUUUUUCAAACCAACAAGAUUUGUUGAAUAAAGCACCAUGGCGUAUACAAUUGGUCAAUUUCCUAGAAUCAACAUUAAUUCGUAUGAUUUCAAUUUUUUUACUCAUUAUAGACCUCAUCAUCACAAUUCUUGAAUUAUCUUCAUCUUUAAUUUCAUGUGAACAAAAAAUAAACAAAGUAGAAGAAUUAUGUUUCCAUUGGAUUGGAAUUUGUAUUUUGAGUAUUAUUUCAUUAAAGAUAAUUUUUUUAUUAGUGGGUUUGGGCUCUUCAUUUUUUAAGCAUCCAGGAUAUGUUGUGGAUGGUGUUGUGGCUAUUGGUGCUUUAAUUAUGGAAGUGUUUUUGGAGAGGAGAGGUGGUGGUUUAUUGGUUGUGGUUAGUUUAUGGCGUGUGAUUAGAGUGGUGGAAAGUGUUUUUGAGUUAAGUGAUGAGGCUAUUGAAGCUCAAAUUGAAGGAAUUGUUUGUCAAUUUGAAGCACUUAAAGAUGAGAAUGCUAGGCUUAUGGAAAUUGUAAAUGAAAAGGAUAAGAUAAUUGAAAAGCUCAAGGAGGAAUUAGAUAAGCGUAGAUAUACCAUAGAAUCGGAUUAAGUGUGAUCGUAAUUGCGAGGGAUCGAACUCUGAUCUCCUUAUCAAGUUAGCAUCAAU